GGUCAUUCAUGUCAACUGUUUUGCGGUUUUAGGUUUUAGCUUCUUGUCAAAAUAAAUGAUUUUCCCGUAUUUUUAAAUUUUCCAUGAAUUUUAGGUAGACUAAAUACAAAAUGUUGUUUUUGUGAGGGCAAAUCAUUCCAAAACUUUACAAUCUACAUACACUGAACGUAUAAACUAUGAAACUGAACUGUUAAGUCUAUUAUAGUGACGUGGAAGUACACGAAAGGUUAUGAUUUAAACAAUUUUUUGAAAACAGUAAAUACCACAUACUUUGAAAAGAUGUUCGAAGUAACAGAUACCCAAAAAAUUGGUGUUGGGUUAGCAGGAUUUGGCAUAUUCUUCAUAUUCCUAGGCAUAGUUUUACUAUUAGAUAGGAGUUUACUAGCAUUAGGGAACAUUUUAUUUAUAAGUGGUUUAACAGCAGUUACUGGAGGUCGAAGAGCAUUCAGUUUUUUCUUUCAAAGACACAAAAUCAGAGGGUCACUUGCUUUCUUUGGUGGUGUAAUCCUUGUACUUAUGGGAUGGACAUUUUUUGGGAUAUUAGCAGAAUUGUAUGGUUUUUUCUUAUUGUUCAGUGGUUUCUUCCCAGUUGCCAUAAACUUUUUAAGGAGGGUACCACUUCUAGGCACACUAUUAAAUUUGCCAGGAAUCAGCAAUGUAAGUAUACUUCUAAUUGCGAGAUUUUUCCUUUCAACAUGACUUGCUGUUCAAAUUUGGCUGACACUGUUAUGUAUCUGAGAGAGAAGGGCAAGAAGGGUUCAAUAUGGGUUGUUAGGCAAUGAAUUGCUUCUAUCUCUUUCUAACACACGCAUAUGCAUCCUUCUCCUGCUUCUCUCUCGUCAGUGGCAUUUGGUUUUCACUAUGUGAGCAUGGCUAUCCAUUAUCAAAAGCAGUGUGCAAGAUAAAUAACAAGGCAAAAAAUAUUGUAGUGAUUAUCACAUUAUUGAUUCAUUCAGAUUUAGACAAUUAUUUCGCUGAAGAAGCUUUUGAGGAAUGCAUUAAACAUCUCUCCAGUCGUACAUAAAAACUGUUAUCAGGGUAAAAUGCAAACCAACAAACACAAAAUAGCAUUUUUUUAUACGUUUUCAUAUUUUGACAUAAUAGGAAUGCGCUUUUUUGAUAUUUCGAAACACUGAGAAUCCUUGUUAGAUAAAUCUUCUGCAAAAGUAUUUUUGAUUGUGUAUUUUGAGUUUUUGAUACAGGCACAUCUUUUCAGCUAGUUAAUAGGUUGGCUGGAGACUCCAACAGGACAACAGUAUAAGAAUCAAUAGUACAAAUUAUUGGAAGGUUACGAGGAAAAAUGGAACUGUCGAAGAAUUCAUAUAAUAAUGUAUAUUUUGUCAAGAAGUGUAUUGAUGAUUGUGCUGCUAUUUAUAAUAUUUGUGUAAAUACAAAACCAUUCUGUACAAAACAUAUAAACAUAUUUUACAACUAAUA